AACAAAACGACGCAUGCGCAGUGAUUGAACGUUGAGGCUCGGGCUAUACGCUGGGAAGGCGGUAAAUGGACGUGCAACCUAAAUACGAUAAUGAUUGGAAGCACAGUAAUAAACCAGCAACAGCAUGUUGGACUGCAGAAACUGUUGGUACUGGCAGCAACUGCACGUUCCUUAUUGGGUGCCAAUGAGAAGUACAAGUUUAUCCAAGAUGAAGUGAGCGGCGAGUCUACUCUUGUCGGCUCGUGUUUGCGCAUCUUGGACAACCUGGAGCACACCUGCGCCGUCGGCCAGUUGGUUUACGAGAGCGUCGAAGCCCACCACAAGGUCUAUCGCACGGGAUCAGGGUGCCUGCUGUUCUUGGCGGGAGCGUGGAGUCGCGCAGCCUUGGAAUGUUUACGAAGCGGGAUUUCGCCGCGUCACAUAGCUGCAGCAAUGGCGGAGGGCAUGGAUGUAUGUAUCGACAUUUGCAAAAACAGCAGCAUUUCGUUUGAGGCUCUUUGUGAAUCACCACAGAAACGCAUCAACAAGGUGCCAACCGACUCCGGACACAUGACUGCCACAGGACUAAAAGCAAGCAAAGUAAAGCUGAGUCGCCAUUUUUGUUGGACCGAGUCAGAGAGUAUAUCAGUUCCGCAGCCUCACCUUCCUGACAUUGCACACCUUGCGGAUGGACUGAGUCACGGUUGCGAUGAUGCAAUGGAUUUAGUUCUUCAAGCCAGUUGUAUCCAGCUAAAAUAUGGCCCCAAAGACACACACUGUGUGUUUGAUGUUAACAAGGUGCUGACGUGUGUGUUGCCAGGCUUCUCAGAGGACCACGCUCACGUUUCCCAAGGCUGUGUUGUUCUUCUCGACGCUGACCAGUCUGUGGUUGCACACAGCCUACAGGACACACCCUUGAACGUGGCUCUUAUUCAUGGCGAUUUGUCGUGCACUUACCGCCAUCUUGGCUUCAACCAGCCUACAGGCGUGCAACAUGUCAACGACCAGGAUCGUUUGCCGAGUUUAAGCAAAAAGGAAGAGUGGAUGCAAAAGGUUAUGGUGCUUCUGCUGCGCCUAGAAGUGGACCUGGUGCUCGUUAGCGGACUUGUCGGCGAGGAAGUUAUCCAGUGCUGCUGCAAGCAUCGUAUGCUGACAGUGGGAAAGGUUAAGGCCUCAAUUAUAAAGGAGAUGGCCAAUGCUACCGGAGCUGUGCCCGUUGCAUAUGCCGCACAGCUGAGCAAGCACUGCGUCGGCACCGGGGUCAAAGUUGGCAUUUGGAGAGAAAUUCAGAGCGACCGUAGGACAUGUGUCUAUAUUUACCCUAGCUGUAGGACUCAGUUGGUGACGGCCGUCAUCACGAGCUUCAUACAUAGUAAGCUGCAGGUCUUGGAGGAUCGCUUUUGGGCUUGUGCUUAUCGGCUGCAUUAUGCCCUGAAGGACAAAGCUGUGUUGCCCGGCGCUGGAGAGCCUGAGAUGAUUUGUGUUCAUCACCUGCAAAGGCAAGUGAAUAUUGCGCAUCCCAGAGAUGGGCAAACCAACUCUUUCCGUGGCGUUGUGCUGCACCUCAUGGCCGAGGGUUUUGUUGAUUACAUAUCCACAGUCAUGGCUAACUCUGCUGGGAUCUCACAAGUCCAAGCCAAGACUGCAGUCAACCAACAACUGCAAGACUUUAAAGGAGAUCACAAUGUUUCCGCCAAACUAUCCCAACUGGUCCUAAAUUUGGAUGAGAGAAGUCCUCAGUUCUUAGCUGUGCGGGCAGUCGGACCUCGAAAAGUUUAUGACAAUCUGAGCGUGAAGGUAGCAGCAUGGAGGACCGCCCUGGACCUGGUUUUGCUGGUCUUACAGGCGGACGCCGAGAUCAUCACUGGUGUAGAAGAAAGUAGUCGUGGUGCACAAGUGGAACUGAACUUUUUAUGAUCACGUUAUGUAAUUUGUCGAUAAACCACAAUAGAAUCGACAAGGUCAGUAUACCAUUGUUAUUGUUGUUGUAUACAAUCCAUCCAUCCAUUUCUACCGCUUAUUCCCUUUAAAUGUUAACAUAUUUAUUCGGUUCAGCAUCUGGGAAUCUGGUGCCCAAUCAGUGGUUGUAAGCAAACUACACACCUGAUGUAAGAGUGAGUUAAAUGUGCAUGUGUGUUAGUCAUAUUUUGCUAUCAUGAAACACAAUCAAUGUGCAGUGGUACUUCGGGAUAAGAGCGCCCCAGCUUAUGAAUUUCUUGGGAUACAAGCUUUCUCUCAGCUAAAUGUUAGGCUUUAGGUUGCUUGCAGAUAUUCAGGUUAGGAGCCUCUCAACGACAAGUUGGCUAGGCGACGGCGGCUACAGCAAACCCUGUAAACGCCAACCAAAACAUUUAGUCUUACUUGCUAUCAGCUUAUAGCUAGAGUUCGACAACUUUGUUUUUGACUCAUUUCAAUUGGCAAUACAAGCUGUAACUCAUCAGAUCAAUUUAACUUGUAUACUGAGGACUACAGUAGACUAAAUGUUCCUGCCUAGGGGCUGUAACUAACGAUUAAUUUGAUAAUCGAUUAAUCUGUCGAUUAUUACUUCGAUUAAUUAUUGGAUAAAAGAAACAAACUACAUUUCUAUCCUUUCCAAAACUUUAUUUUAAAAAACAGCAUACUUAGACUUAGACAAACUUUAAUUAUCAACAAGGGAAAUUGUUCUGGCACCAUGUCCUUUCGACUUAACAAAUAAAACAAGGCAAGUGUUACAAAAAAGUUUUUUUUUUUUUUUAAUAAAGUGCACCAUUGUCCUGCACAAUAGCAAUAAUUUUGCUUAGUGGAAUUUUAAACCUGGGUACUAUCUAUUUCAACCCUUCUGCAAUGUUGGAUGCUGAAUGUCUUUCCUCUAGUGGCAUGGUCGUAAGGCAGAUUGACUUCAUGUUCGAUUCGUCUCCAAUGUAGUGGCAUGUAUGCCAAGGUAGGCCACACUUGUCCACACAUCAGUAGCGAGAGCAAUUUUGCUCUGGGUGGCAUUUAUGUCAGUCUACACUGCAUGGAAUGUUAGCUCGUACUUCCUCUCCAUCAUGUUUGGUAAAAUGGUUCCUCGAGGGAAGAGUGUAACCAGGGUUGAGGAUGUGAAUCAUUUGUCUAAAACCUUCAUCCUCCACCAUUGAUAGUGGCCUCGCGUCAGUUAGCAACAUAUUCAGGAUAGCAUUAGUCAGUGCAGCCGCUUGCUGUGGUGUGCACACCUUCCUUUGUACCAAGUCUCUAAUGCUGCCUUGUUUAUUUCUGAAAUGAGAGAAACCAUAUUAUGAAUGUACAUAGUAGCAUCAUUUACAUGUAACUCAAUGCAUACCCAGUUGAUUUAAUUAAUAAUUUCUGAUGUAAAAGACCAAUAUGCCACCACAUUAAAAAACAGCAAAAAUACAUAAAUAGACAUUGGAAUUGCAGAAUACACCAAUAAUAACACAGAAAUGUAACUCAUCAGAUCAAAACUGUAUCAGAUAUAGUACACAUUUCUGUUCUGAAUAAUAAAGGAUUCACUUUAGGCUACCUCUGAAUAAUAGCAUGAAAUAUUCCAGCACCUUCAUAACGUUUAGUUAUACUAAAGCUUCGCUCAAGUUUAAAUAGAUUUAUAUAGCUUUAUUGGGCCCGGCUACAUUGAUCCAUUAUGAAACCAACCUGAGAUAUUUCUGUCCAUUACGUUUAUAUGUGUGUUUUCUCUCUGAAAAUGGAGUCAAAUGUGCCGGAGACACAUUAUCAACCCUGCGUUGCAACAAAGACAUAACGUUAAAGUUGUGAAGUGAAGAGAAUUAUAGUUAUAUAGCGCUUUUCUCAAAGUGACUCAAAGCGCGUUACAUAGUAUCUAAUUUUUAUAUUCAAACCAGUGUGGGUAACACUGGGAGCAGGUGGGUAAAGUGUCUGGCCCAAGGACACAACAGCAGUGACUAGGAUGGCAGAAACGGGGAUUGAACCUGCAACCCUCAAGUUGCUGGCACGGCCGCUCUACCAACCGAGCUAAAGUUACUCACAAAAAAGCUGAACUUAUGAAUGAAGGCCUGUUGCGACUCAUAACAACACAGAAAAUGAAGUCACCGCACUAUCCAAAAAGUUCCUAACACUCUGAAAGUUAAUACACUACAGUUGCUGCUGCGCUUCCAGAAAAAAAUCUCCUCGUUAACAAAAGAUUAAAAACACACAAAGACGGACAGAACGGAUCAAUAUACUCGGACUAUGGACUUAAAAACGUACCGUGAGUUCUUCCCUUCAUCUUCUUCAGGUGCUGCCGAAGCAAUGUUUUCCUUCCGUGCCACGACGUCCAUGCUGCACAUUUUGCAGGAAAUGUCUUCUUUGAAGUCUUUAAAGUAAAGUGUUCCGACACUGUGGACGACUUAUGUCGUACACUUUUCUAUAUUGAAGCAAUAAUCUCGAGAUGUUUCUCCGCUGAACUAACUAUCCAUACUGUUUCUCUCCGCCAUUUCUCGAACGUUUCCACAAAGGAGACGGCGUGGUCACGUGAGCUGCACAUGAGACUUAGCCUCAGCGCAGCCCUGGCGCUGUUUUGUACUGUUUUUGUACUUAUUUUGAUUAUGGUUUUUCAGCUGUUUGUAAAUGUUGCAGUUUAUAUAUAAAGGUUUAAGGGGAAUUUAAAAAAAAAGCCUCCGCAUAUGCAUAUUGCAUACAUCCAACGAAUCGAUGACUAAAUUAAUCGGCCACUAUUUUUAUAAUCGAUUUUAAUCGAUUAGUUUUUGCAGCCCUAUUCCUGCCAUAAAUGUAAUAUUUAUAUCCAUGCUAAUUUCGGUCACAAUAAUCAUGAUAUAAAAUAUAUUUUGUAGAUUGUUGCUCCCGAAUGAGUAAAAGUUUAUAAUGUUGAAUGGAAAAUGUAUUGGGUGAAGGAGAUAAUCUUUGAAAAUCUGUGAGCAAUCCUAAACCGUGGCUACCAAUGUUUACCACAUGGGGGACACAAGAGCUGGUUGAUUUUCCGACACACAGUCACUGGGAAUGGUUUUUUGAAAAGUAUACAUGCAAAGUUCAAGUCCUAGUCGUGUAAGUCCUUGACUUGUAAAUGAAAUGAGGCAGUGUUACUCACCUAACUUGUGCUGCUAUGGUUUCCUCCAUAAAGGUUGCAGUCAAAAGUUACAAAUAGGAGGCUCCUGUCAUAUUUUAAAGGAAAGCAACACGUGUGGCAACAGGUGACACCCAAAAAGAAGUCAUGUAAAACCAGACACACACAGUAGGCCCUUUUUCCAUCAAUUUUAGGAACUUUUUCUUCCUGGAACUGUAGGUUCUUACAGAAGUGCGUAGUUUGUGUUACAAAUCAGGCUGAAGACGUAUGGAGGAGUGGUUUAGUGCAUUUCUACAUUGAUACCAAAUAAACAAACACAAUUGUAGGUCUCAGCUUUGAAAAGUCCCAGCUAGGUAGUAUGAACUCUGAAAGGUUUGUGAAGGACUACAAACCCCGUUUCCAUAUGAGUUGAGAAAUUGUGUUACAUGUAAAUAUAAAUGGAAUACAAUUAUUUUCAAAUCCUUUUCAAACCAUGUUCAAUUGAAUGAACUACAAAGACAAGAUCUUUGAUGUUCAAACUCAUAAACUUGAAAUUUUUUUGGCAAAUAAUAAUUAACUUACAAUUUCAUGGCGGCAACAUGUACCUUUUCUUUUAACAACGCUGAAUAAACGUUUGGGAACUGAGGAAAGUAAUUGUUGAAGCUUUGAAAGUGGAAUUCUUUCCCUUUCUUGUUUUAUGUAGAGCUUCAGUCGUUUAACAGUCCGGGGUCUCCGCUUUCGUAUUUUGCGCUUCACACAUUUUUGAUGGGAGACAGGUCUGGACUGCAGGCGGGCCAGGAAAGUACACGCACUCUUUUUUUUACGAAGCCACGCUGUUGUAACACAUGCUGAAUGUGGCUUGGCAUUGUCUUGCUGAAAUAAGCAGGGGCGUCCAUGAAAAAGACGGUGCUUGGAUUGCAGCAUAUGUUGUUCCAAAACCUGUAUGUACCUUUCAAAAUGAAUGGUGCCUUCACAGAUGUGUAAGUUACCCAUGCCUUGGGCACUAAUUCACCUUCAUACCAUCACAGAUGCAGGCUUUUGAACUUUGCGUUGAUAACAGUCUGGAUGGUUCGCUUCUCCUUUGGUCCGGAUGACACUAUGUCGAAUAUUUCCCCCAAAAAUUUGAAAUGUGGACUUUUCAGACCACAGAACACUUUUCCACUUUGCAUCAGUCCAUCUUAGAUGAUCUCGGGCCCAGAGAAGCCGGCGGCGUUUCUGGAUGUUGUUGAUAAAUGGCUUUCGCUUCGCAUAGUAGAGCUACACAGAUGUAAGGACAAACUGUAUUUAGUGACAGUGGUUUUCUGAAGUGUUCCUGAGCCCAUGUGGCGAUAUCCUUUAGAGAUUGAUGUCGGUUUUUGAUUCAGUGCCGUUUGAGGAAUAGAAGGUCACGGUCAUUCAAUGUUGGUUUCCGGCCAUGCCGCUUACGUGGAGUGAUAUUUCCAGAUUCUCUGAACUUUUUGAUGAUGUUGUGGACCGUAGAUGUUGAAAUCCCUAAAUUUCUCGCAAUUGCACUUUGAGAAACGUUGUUCUUAAACUGUUUGACUAUUUGCUCAUACAGUUGUGGACAAAGGGGUGUACCUCGCCCCAUCCUUUCUUGUGAAAGACUGAGCAUUUUUUGGGAAGCUGUUUUUAUACUCAAUCAUGGUACCCACCUGUUCCCAAUUAGCCUGCACACCUGUGGGAUGUUUCAAAUAAGUGUUUGAUGAGCAUUCCUGAACUUUAUUAAUAUUUAUUGUCACCUUUCCCAACUUCUUUGUCACGUGUUACUGGCAUCAAAUUCUAAAGUUGAUUAUUUGCAAAAAAAAAAAUGUUUAUCAGUUUGAACAUCAUAU